CUGACCUGAGUGAAGAAGAAAAGUUGUUACUAAUGAGGAGUGAAAGUUUUCAAAGCUUUUUAGACAGAGCUUCACGGAUUAUUGAAAGAGCAAUAUGUGAAGAAGUUGACAUUUUUAUUGAUUACACUGGUGGUAAAGAAGAAUUGGAAAGUGAUGAUCGAAGUGGCAUGUCAUUAUCAUUGAACCGUUGUUUUCUGGAUGAUCACUGGUCAAAAAAUCGAACUGUGACUUCUUUUGAUUGGUCUACCCAGUUUCCUGAAUUACUAUGUGCAUCAUAUAACCAAAAUGAUGAUUCACCCCAUCAGCCAGAUGGAAUAUGUUUAAUUUGGAAUAUGAAAUUCAAGAAAAAUACUCCUGAAUACAUAUUCCAUUGCCAGUCACCUGUUACAUCUGCUUGUUUUGCAAAGUAUCACCCAAAUCUAGUCGUAGGGGGAACAUAUUCUGGUCAGAUUGUUUUAUGGGACAACAGGAGCAACAAACGAACACCUGUCCAGCGAAGCCCAUUGUCUGCAAUAGCUCAUACUCAUCCUGUGUAUUCUAUCUGUAUGGUUGGUUCUGAAAAUGCUCAUAAUCUUGUGACUGUUUCUACUGAUGGCAAAUGUUGCACGUGGAGUGUAGAUAUGUUAUCAGCACCUCAAGACUCAAUAGAAUUGAAUCAGCAGAAACAGUCAAGGACAGUAGCAGUAACAUGCAUGGCAUUUCCUAAUGAUGAAUUUAACAACUUUGUAGUUGGUGGUGAAGAUGGCAUAGUUUACUCUGGUAAAUAUUUUCUUUUUCACUGUUAGCUAUAUAAUUACUUA